AUGCAGUCACAGCACCAUGGUCCCGAGGACGCGGGCCCUAAAUUGACCAACAGGCUUCAGCAGAGCCGGUCGCCCUAUGUAAGGGCGCAUAUGAAAAACCCUGUCGCAUGGCAGCUAUGGGAUGCAGAGGCGAUCAAUCUAGCUAAAAAGCACAAUCGCCUCAUAUUCCUCAGUAUUGGGUACUCGGCUUGUCACUGGUGCCAUGUUAUGGAAAAGGAAUCUUUUAUGUCCCCAGAAGUGGCGGCGAUACUCAAUGAGUCCUUUAUCCCGGUGAAGGUUGAUCGUGAAGAGCGACCAGAUGUCGAUGACAUCUACAUGAAUUACGUUCAAGCUACGACUGGCUCGGGUGGCUGGCCAUUGAAUGUUUUUCUUACUCCUGACCUGGAGCCUGUUUUUGGAGGCACCUAUUGGCCUGGUCCCAACUCGAGUAUACUCCAAGGCCCUGAGACCACUGGGUUUGUAGAAAUUCUGGAGAAGUUGAGAGAUGUCUGGGCAACGCAGCACCAACGAUGCCUGGAGAGCGCCAAGGAAAUCACGAAGCAAUUGCGAGAAUUUGCCGAAGAAGGAACUCAUUCGCAACACGACGCUCCGGACGACGACGAAGAUCUCGACAUUGAACUUUUAGAAGAGGCCUACCAGCACUUCGCAUCGCGAUAUGAUUCCAUCAAUGGCGGGUUUGGCCGAGCGCCCAAAUUCCCCACUCCGGCCAAUCUCAUUUUCCUCCUUCGGCUGAAAGCAUACCCGAGCCAAGUCACUGAUAUUGUAGGCCAAGACGAAUGCGAAAAGGCGAUGGCGAUGGCUGUCACGACCCUGGUAAAUAUGGCACGUGGUGGUAUUCGCGACCAUAUCGGCCAUGGAUUUUCACGAUACAGUGUUACAAUUGAUUGGAAUCUGCCUCAUUUUGAGAAAAUACUCCAUGAUCAGGCACAGCUGCUGGAUACCUACGUGGAAGCAUUCCGACUGACACAUGACCCCGAGUUACUGGGUGCUGUCUAUGAUUUGGCUACUUACUUGACAACAUCUCCCCUGUUGUCGCCUACUGGUGGGUUCUUCUCUUCUGAGGAUGCCGACAGCUUCCCCAGUACGAAUGAUACAGAGAAGCGAGAGGGCGCCUUUUAUGUGUGGUCACUGAAGGAGCUUACCCAGAUCCUUGGUCCGCGUGCCGCUCCGGUCUGCGCUCGCCAUUGGGGUGUGCUUCCUGAUGGAAAUGUUGCAGCAGAAUAUGACCCACACGACGAAUUUAUGAACCAGAACGUGUUAUCUAUCAAAGUCACUCCUAGCCAGCUCGCCAAGGAGUUUGGAUUGAGCGAGGACGAGGUAGUAAAGAUUAUCAAAAGUGGGAAACAAAAGCUGCAUGAACACCGCGAGAAAUCGAGAGGUCGGCCCGAUCUAGAUGACAAGAUCAUCGUGGGAUGGAAUGGCUUGGCAAUUGGUGCACUGGCCAAGUGCAGUGUGUUGUUUGAUGAAAUUGAGAGCUCCAAAGCGGUCCAAUGCCGCGAUGCGGCUGCACGUGCCAUUAGCUUUAUUAAAGAUAACCUCUUCGAAAGGUCCACUGGAAAGUUGUGGCGUAUUUUCCGAGAUGGCAGUCGAGGAGAUACCCCGGGCUUCGCUGAUGACUAUGCGUAUUUGGCCAGUGGUUUGCUGGACAUGUACGAGGCAACCUUUGAUGACAGUUAUUUGCAACUUGCCGAGCGUCUUCAAAAAUACCUCAAUGAGAACUUCUUGGCAAAGAAUGGCUCCGUGACUGCUGGAUACUACAAUACCCCAGCCAUCCUGACCCCUGGAAUGCCGGGACCGCUGUUCCGACUCAAGACCGGCACUGAGUCAGCCACACCAUCUGUCAACGCCAUUAUUGCACGAAAUUUACUACGACUAUCUGCAUUACUUGGAGACGAUGAGUAUCGAGUGCUGGCAAAACAGACAUGCACCUCCUUUGCGGUUGAGAUCAUGCAACACCCAUUCUUAUUCGUGGGUAUGCUUGAUGUCAUCGUAGGUCUACAAAUUGGUACUCGGACUGUAACAGGAGUAUACAGCAGCGGAGACAGCCACAGCCGGACGGUAGAGCCCGCAUUGGAAUCCAUUGUGCGACGAGUGCGAGCGGAACUGGGCAAUUGCCUUUUCUCGACUGUGGCCGUUGGAUCCAUUGUAGAUAUUCGAUCCUCCCACCUGGAGGAUUUUGUGGGUAACCACUCUUUCUGGUUGAAGUCUCGAAACCCUUUGAUCAAAGAAUUAAAAGCCACUGAGCCAAAAAACUACUUGGUGGUUUGCGAUGCUGGUCGAUGCCGAACGAUUGAUGUUUAA